UCAAUUCACACACCUCACUCACUCACUACACAUAUAAAUACACUCAUCACCUCUUCUCCAUUCAACAUCAACUCAUCAUCCUCUCUCUCACUAUCUAUCUAUCUAUCUCUCACUACCAAAACAAACAACAUGAAAAUGAGUGUCACCCUCUCUCUCCUCCUCUCUCUCUUCCUCUUGAUCCAUAGUAGCAAUGGCUACGACAUCACCCAAAUCCUCAACAAAUACCCUGACUUCAGCACCUUCAACAGCUACCUCACCCAAACCAACCUAGCAAGCGCCAUCAACAGCCGGAACACGAUCACCGUCCUCGUCGUCGACAACGCCAACCUCGCCCCCCUCUCGAGCAAAUCGCUCGACGUCAUCAAGAACAUCCUCAGCGUGCACGUCCUCCUCGACUACUACGACGUCGCCAAGCUCCAGCAGCUCACGGCCGCCUCGCCUCUCCCCACCACCUUCUUCCAGACCACCGGCCUCGCGGUGGGGCAGCAAGGGUUCUUGAACGUGACGCACCCGAGCGCGGACACCGUCGCGUUCGGCUCCGCCAUGCCCGGCUCGACCCAGGGGUCGAGCCUGGUCAAGUCCGUCGCAGCGGAGCCUUACAACAUCUCAAUCCUCCAAAUCAGCAAUGCCAUCAUUCCUCAAGGCAUUGAUGGCGCGAAAACUUCGGCCCCCGCGGCCACCACGCCCCCGCCCCCACCCCCAGCACCCGCCACAAACACAUCCACUCCCCCCGCCCCCGGCACCCGCCACAACCACGGCCACGCCCCCGCCCCCGCCCCCAGCACCCGCCACAACCACGGCCACUCCCCCGCCCCCAGCACCCGCCACGGCCACGGCCCCGGCCCCAAGGCAGUCGAGCCAGGCCCCACCACCGUCCACCACGGCCCCACCAACACCAAGCAAGGCCACCCCACCAACAUCAGCCCCCCCAACCAAGGCUGCUGCCCCCACCAUGGCUGCCACUCCAUCUGCUGCCCCUGGCUCAGCCUCGGCCCCUGCUGCGUCGGCUGAAGAUACUCCGACGACGGAUGAGCCGGCUGCCGGCAAACCUACGUUCAAGGGUGCAGCCGCAGCUCUCGAAAUCGGCGCCGCCGUCGUAUGCACAAUGGCGCUGUCCACUCUUUACCUAGCAUCAACACUUUGAGACAAGAGUGAAAUUUUUUGAUAGGUGUUAGUUAGUUCUGUUUUGUAGAGUUGUGAGCAACUAUAUUUGUCGGAUCAUUUCAUGAGGCGGCCAACCCCUCAGCUACAAUAACUCAUUGAAAGUUGUAAUUCUUUCCUUGACGAAUGGAAUUGACAAUAAUUAAUCACUCUAUU